CUGCUCUCUCGUUAGUACUACGCACGGGUCGUAAGUCGUAACCCUUGCUUCCGAAAUUGUUCAAUUCUGAACUUUGACCAACACCAUUUCUCAUCACAAACCAUGGCAUUCUUAUUCAACAAAUCAACCCUUGCUUCCCAUCUUCGAUCUACCUCUCAGAACACUCAAGAUUCCGUUUCCCUCUCGCGCCGUCGAUUCCACGUUCAACCAGGUCCUCGUGAAAAAGCUCUCCUGGCAGAAGAUUCAGCUCUCAAGCCAUUCAAAUCAUAUAAGCAGAGUGUGAAAAAGCUCAGAAAAGUUGGGGAUGUUUUAACUAUUGUUGUUGUUGCGGGAUGCAUUUAUGAAAUAUAUGUCAAGGCAGCUGUGAGAGAAGAAGCUCGUAAACAGUAAUUCUGAAAGUGCAGAAUGAGAUGACCAUUUGUAUGCUAGUUUUCUUUACAUUGUAUUUUUGUGGCAACAAUUUGGAUGUUAUGAUAGCCAUGUUAGAAUAAACUGAAAAGGUUUGAACCCAAAUUUCUUGUGCAUGAGUAGUUUUUUCACCGAUCAA